AUGGUCUCUCCCGGAACCUUUAAAAUGGGGCUCGAUACGCUGGGGGACUCUUUCAGCCUGAACACUCUGGAGAGGAGACACAACAGAGUUUAUUUAAUCCAAUCAGAGCGUCUCUGCUGCCUCCCUGAUCCACAGGAAGCCCAGCUGGGUCCCGAAGUUGAGUCCAUCUCCCGCGCCCCUGCCGGUCCGGGGCGCCCAGGCGUCGCGCGUCCUGGGGCCGGGGGGCGGGGACGCCCGGCCAGCGCGGGCCACACGGGCCCUCGGUGCGCGGGCGGGCGCCCCCGGCCGCGUCUGUGGGGGGGCAGGGCAGCCGGGGGCCUGGCGCAGGGCGCGGGGGAGCUUGGGCUUGCUCCGAGUAGUGUGGCCGACUCUUUCCAUCUUGAGCUGCGUCUCUCGUCAGUAACCUGUUGGCAUCCUGUCACUGCAGCGCUGCUCACCUUCAUGGCCCUACUUCACAGUGCUGAAGGUCACUGGAACCCGAAGAAGCUACUUUAUCACGUUAUCAAGGCAGCUUUCAUAGGUCUACUGUGGGUUAGCUCUCUGUUGAUCGAUGGAGACUGGUGGGUUUGCUGUGCGAGAGAUCAGGAACCUGAUCAACAGAAACAGCUGGCCUGCAAAGACAAAAAAGACCUCACACCUGAGGAACGGACAGCCAUCUCUAAAGUGAAAAACACGUCAAAGCUCAUCGGAAUGUCUCUGCUCUUCGGUAUCGUGGUCGUAGCUGGCGUUAGCUCAUCCAUCGGGCGGAAGAAAAGCUAUGGCCGCUCAUGCUGUACGGACUCAGCUUGUUGCUGUACGGAUACAGCUUGUUGCUGUACGCAUACACAUUGUCGCUGUACGGAUUCAGAUUGUUGCUACACAAACAUUUUGUAUGAGAAAGUGACAUUGGAUGAAGAGGAAAACAUCCUAAAAGAGAUUAUGAGAGAAGACGCAAAACCAAAGUUGAAAGAAGAACUAAAAAAACAUUGGGAAACGGGAAGAGCCACUAGAACACAGAAGAAUGGGUCCCUCUCCUAUUGCGUCUUUCACCAACAAGACACCAGGAUCAAAGAAUUCAUGUUGAAGCACAGAAGCAAGAGGUGGCUCGCUUAUUGCCAACAGAGAAUCAAGGUCCAUCAGGUGUACCAGGUCCAUCAGGUGUACCAGGUCCAUCGGAUGUACCAGGUCCAUCAGGUUACCCAGGUCCAUCAGGUGUACCAGGUCCAUCAGGUGUACCAGGUCCAUCAGGUUACCCAGGUCCAUCAGGUGUACCAGGUCCAUCAGGUUACCCAGGUCCAUCCGGUGUACAAGGUCCAUCAGGUUACCCAGGUCCAUCCGGUGUACAAGGUCCAUCGGAUGUACCAGGUCCAUCACGUUACCCAGGUCCAUCAGGUGUACCAGGUCCAUCCGGUCUACCAGGUCCAUCAGGUUACCCAGGUCCAUCAGGUUACCCAGGUCCAUCAGGUUACCCAGGUCCAUCAGAUAGGGACCCUCACAUUCACAGGAGCCGUCAGAUUCACAGAGUCCUACAAAAUCACAGAGGCCGUCAGAUUGACGCAGAUUCACGGGGGCCGUCAGAUUCACGGGGGCCGUCAGAUUCACGGGGUCCCUCAGAGUCACAGGGUUCUUCAGAGUCACAGGGUCCGUCAGAUUCACGGGGGCCGUCAGAUUCACGGGGUCCCUCAGAGUCACAGGGUUCUUCAGAGUCACAGGGUCCCUCAGAUUCACAGGGUCCCUCAGAUUCACAGGGGCCGUCAGAUUCACAGGGUCCACAAGGUCCCUCAGAUUCACAGGGUCCCUCACAGGGUCUCUCAGAUUCAAAGGGUCCCUCAGAUUCUCAGGGUCCACAAGGUGCCUCAGAUUCACAGGGUCCCUCAGAGUCACAGGGUUAUUCAGAUUCACAGGGGCCGUCAGAUUCACAGGGUCCCUCAGAGUCACAGGGUCCCUCAGAUUCACAGGGACCCUCAGAUUCACAGGGUCCACAGGGUCCCUCAGAUUCACAGGGACCCUCAGAUUCACAAGGUCCACAGGGUGCCUCAGAUUCACAGGGUCCCUCAGAGUCACAGGGUUCUUCAGAUUCACAGGGGCCUUCAGAUUCACAGGGUCCCUCAGAGUCACAGGGUCCCUCAGAGUCACAGGGUCCCUCAGAUUCACAGGGUUCUUCAGAUUCACAGGGUCCACAGGGUCCCUCAGAUUCACAGGGUUCUUCAGAUUCACAGGGGCCUUCAGAUUCACAGGGUCCCUCAGAUUCACAGGGUCCCUCAGAUUCAAAAGGUCCCUCAGAUUCACAGGGUUCCUCAGAUUCACAGGGUCCACAGGGUCCCUCAGAUUCACAGGGUCCCUCAGAGUCACAGGGUUCUUCAGAUUCACAGGGUCCCUCAGAUUCACAGGGUUCUUCAGAUUCACAGGGGCCUUCAGAUUCACAGGGUCCCUCAGAUUCACAGGGUCCCUCAGAUUCACAGGGGCCGUCAGAUCUACAGUGUCCCUCAGAUUCACAGGGUCCCUCAGAGUCACAGGGUCCACAGGGUCCCUCAGAUUCACAGGGUCCCUCAGAGUCACAAGGGUUCUUCAGAUUCACAGGGUCCCUCAGAUUCAGCGGGCUCUUCAGGUCGCACGGGGGCCUUCAGAUUCACAGGGGCCUUCAGAUUCACAGGGGUCCCUCAGAUUCACAGGGGCCUUCAGAUUCACAGGGUUCCUCAGAUUCACAGGGUCCCUCAGAUUCACAGGGUCCCUCAGAUUCACAGGGUCCCUCAGAUUCACAGGGUUCCUCAGAUUCACAAGGUCCCUCAGAGUCAAAGGGUCCCUCAGAUUCACAGGGUUCCUCAGAUUCACAAGGUCCCUCAGAUUCACAGGGUCCCUCAGAGUCAGAGGGUCCCUCAGAUUCACAAGGUCCCUCAGAGUCAGAGGGUUCCUCAGAUUCACAGGGUCCGUCAGAUUCACAAGGUCCCUCAGAUUCACAAGGUCCCUCAGAGUCAGAGGGUUCCUCAGAUUCACAGCGUUCCUCAGAUUCACAUGGUCCCUCAGAUUCACAGGGUCCCUCACAGGGUCCCUCAGAUUCACAGGGGCCUUCCGAUUCACAGGGACCCUCAGAUUCAUCAGAAGAGGCAGCUUUAUUAUCGUAAAGAUGGUCUAACUAUGGGUCACGUUACAACACACUGUAAAUAA